ACCAAUCAGCUGACACAGAGGUUUCAGCCAAUCAGAGGCAGUGAUGAGGCACAGCAGUGGUGACGCGAGGACAUGGGGCGGGGCUAAGUUGCCCGGUAACCGCUCAAACAGUCCGUUGAUAGGAUGGCGUCGCGGUUACAAAAGGGCAUGAAGUCUAAAACGAGCAGCGCGAUGGUGGUCACCGCCGUUGCCUUUCAGGACCACAUCACUCGGAGCCUGCUGCAUUCAAACUUCUCAUUAUCUGACCCUUUGUGGAGAUGCAACAGAAAAGCCCCCAGAAAACAACAAUCAGGAGAAAACGUGGAGGAGGAGACGGGUUUCCAGAGGCAGGAGAGGCAAGAUGAGCGUGAAUACGUGUUCGAUCCUGCUCCAUCUCCUUUAACAUUGGCUCAGAAGAUGGGUCUGGUGGCUUCCCCGGCAGAGAGGCUGAUGGAGGCAGAGUGGACGCGGGUCAAGGCGAGGUCUGUUGAGCAGGGGGAGUCGGCUCAACCCUGUGCAAUAUGCAGGGAGGAGUUCCGCCUGCAGCCUCAGGUGUUGCUGUCCUGCUCCCAUGUUUUCCACAAAGCGUGUCUGCAGGCCUUUGAGAGGUUCUCGGGGAGGAAGCGGUGUCCCGUGUGCAGACGGGAGCAGUAUGAGACACGCGUGAUCCAUGACGCAGCCCGUCUCUUCAGACACCAGUGUGCCACCAGAAUUCAAGCAUGCUGGCGAGGCCACGUUGCCCGUAAGUGGUACAGACACGUGAGGAAAACAAUCUGCCCAAAGGACAAACGGCUGCGACGCAGAUUCUUCGAAGCAAAGUUGCAGGAGUUGAAUGACAGCUUUGUCCGACACUGUCACACCAACACGGAGGCUUUUCUGAGUGAUAUCGACCGCUCCCUGUCAUCAAGCAGACGAGUGUUCCAGCAGCUGGAGAGAAAGAGUGUCGCCGAGCCACGGGAAAACGACUGGGACAGAAUACAGAGGCAGGUGAUCCAGAGAGGUGUGCUGGACUGCCCCAUCUGCCUGACGGCACUGUGCAGCCAGGACCUGCCAACAGAAGCCGCUCAGUCCAGCCGUCAGCAGCGAAGACGAACCGUGCUCCUGUCGUGCUCUCACCUCUUUCACCAGCUCUGUUUGGAGGCGUUGGAGUCAUUUACAGCAGACAGCAGACCUUCAUGUCCCCUCUGCAGAUCUGUCUACCACAAAAAACUCAUCUGAAGCAGGUACACGUUUAAGAUAAACUCAUCUAUGAAUGUGACUGAAAAGAUCGAAAGAAGGUUUCAGAGUUUAGGGAAAAUGUAAUUCACUUUGGUAUUGAGUUAAAUGUGAAGGUUGUUAUUACUCAAAACUCUGAGUUAAAGGUCGUGUAUAACAUUCGGGAGAGUAUAUCGGAGACCGAUUAUAUAAAACCCAUUAAGAUGUUUCUAUAAGUUAUUUCAUUUAUAGAGAAUCUUUAAAAGAGCACAGCCUCACCUGUAAUCAUGAAAAGUAAAAAAAAAAGUUAACAUUAUAACAUGAAAUAAAU